AGAUGUUUCCUAUUGUUUUUCUCGUGUUUCAGUGCGCAGUGAAUAAAGUGAUGUUAUCGUCGUUAUCGUCGCCGUUAUCAGUCGCGAGCUCGUGCCUCGUUUAAUAAAAAAAAAAAAAAAAAGGAAUUCGUCGUUAUUAUUAUAAUCAACAAAUGGAUAACAACAACAACAAGGAGGAACCAGCCAAUCGUCAACAUUUUCGAUUCUUUCACGUGGGCAAACUGAUGCUACUGAUUACGAGCGACGAGUAAUCGAUAAGGUGGUGGAAGAUCGGUCCUGUCGACCACGGCUGAGAGUCUCGUCCCUCGCGAGAGGAUGGCGCGCGAGACGACGAUAUCGGAUUUGACGGAAUUGGACAGCGACGGAUCGAGUUGCGGGGAACGCGACGCCAGGAAACGUCUUCGUUUCGACGUGGAUCCAACGGGGCCGAAGAAGAGGCGAAAACAAACGACGCCCGUGCGAUUCUCGUCAACGUUGAUGCCCGGCGUCCACGAGGAGUCGAACGAGGACGAGGACGAGGACGAGGACAGCGAAGGUAAGCUGUCGUCGCAAUCGCCCAUACCGGGUCAAUCGUCGAUAAGGGACGAGAACCUGAAUAACGAAUUCCGUUGCCAAUACUGUAGCCAGUUUUUCGAUAGAAAGGAAACGUUGAACGUUCACCUGGACAAUGAGCACGGUUCCGCGAAUAGGAUGUCGCGACAACAAUGCCCGAGUAGUAGAUCUCCUGAUCCGAGUACCGCGAUCAAGCAAGAACCGUCUCAUCAACUGGACCAAUCCGUGGAGAACCCCGUUAAUUUGCUUAGCGUAAAGAAUUUCGCGAUAAAUUGGCUGGCCACCGGGCAACAACACGUGCAAUCGCAGAACGAGGAAGCGUGGCCGAGCACCGCAGGCCAAAUACCACCACCGUUACCCAAUCAUUUGCAACUCCUCUCCACUUUUCCCGCCGCCUUGGCCCAGUAUCUGCCCGUCCCCGCGUUCCCUCUCCCGGAUUCCGCCACGAUCGCGAGAGGGGCCGGUCUAGGCCCGACGCCGGUCAGGAUCUUCAACCCGGACGCGUACUGCGAUCUGUGCAAAGAAUUCUGCAACAAGUAUUUCCUCAAGACGCACAAGGCGAACAAGCAUGGCAUCUACGCCGAUUCACCGGGACCGAGCAACGUGGACAACGCUGCCAAUCCCGGAUCCCUGUUCCCCCCCGUUGCCAACUUCAACGCGGUCAAAUUGGAACUCGCCGCGACCCCGCCCGCGCCCACCGUCGCUUGCGAUCUUUGCCAGAAGCGUUUCAAGAACGAGGAAACGAUGCGUAAACACAAGCAGAAGAUUCACGCCGAGUCAAUCGCGGAUCAAUCGCAGAUCUGCGAGGCGCAGAUCGGUUUGUUGCAAAACGAGGAGGAGAGGGGGGGAGAGGCAUCGAGAGACAGCAUGGAGACGUUGUUGAGGCAAGAGUACGGGAUCGAGCAGGAAGACGCGACGUUCGUCCCGGCGCCCAGGCAUCUGUCCCCUCAAUCGAUUCAACAAGCGCGCGACUCCGGGUUCAGCGCCGAUCGGCUUCGUCGUUUAGGGGUCAUAAAUCCGGACGCGUUCUGCGAGAUAUGCUGCAAGGAGUAUUGCAACAAGUAUUUCCUGCGCACGCACAAGAUGAAGAGGCACGGUAUCGUCGUGCAGGACAACGAAAGAUCGCCCGGGAAUAAUCCGGGGACGAUGACGACGACGCCGCCGAGUUGGCAUCAAGUGCAGACCAGCCCGUUGAAUUUAAUCGUGGCGGAGAACAACACGGUGGGCGGGAGCGCGGAGUCGAACGAGCGUGCCGGGGACGAUUACGAGUGCAAAGCUUGCGGGAUACGUUUCCAAACGAUCGACCUGUAUCGGGCGCAUUGCAGGAAAAUGCACGAGGGGCAGGAGUCGCCCCUCGGUCGGCAAGAGUGCGAGCUGGAUACGAUGGCCGACCAACGGAACGAUUCCAUCUCCGAGGAUCUUCAAAAAUUGCAGACCAUGCUCUUGCAACUGAACGGGCUCAAGUCUGGCAAAGGAUUGUCGUGCAACGUGUGCGGGAAAGAAUGCGAGUCGAGAGCGGGUUUGCAUAUUCAUACGAUAACGGAGCACGCCGCCAUUGGCGAAGAUUCGACGUCGUCCACGCCGCAAGAAAAGUCGCCGUUAACAGCCACGUUUUCCACCGUAUGCGGCAAGGAGUACCCGAGCCAGGACAGCCUGAGGAAACACGUGGCCGAGGAGCAUCAACAACCGGCCACGAUCUCGUCGAGUGGUGGCGUCCAUUCGCAGCAAACAACACUCGCGACGACGAUCACGAACUCGACGACGAGUCAGCCACCCUCGGCCGAGAGGAAAGUGACAUCGAUGACGCCUACGUCAAGCUAUUGCGAGAUAUGCAACAAGGAAUUGUGCAACAAGUACUUCAUGAAGACGCACAUGCAGAGGAUGCACGGUAUCGAGAUCGAGAACGGGGCACAGAUAGGUGGCGUGAUAUGCAACAUUUGUAACAAAGAGCUGUGCAGCAAGUACUUUUUGCGCGUUCACAAGCACAACACGCAUGGGAUAGUGGACGAAAAUACGACGGCGAGCACGGUGAAACAGGAGAGCCAUGAAACGGGGAACGCGGACGACGGUGCAUUGAAACCGGAACAACUGGGCGAUCUGACCCACAGAUACUUCACCCAUUUCACGGAGGUUUGCCCGAUCUGCAGCAGAAGGUUCCGCAGUAUAAAGUGGCUGAAGGCUCAUCUGAUGGGCGAUCACGGGAAGACGGGUAUGGAGAAAUGGCGCGAAAUGGAGCAACAGUAUCAAACGAGCCCUAAAUCGGGGAGCAGGGCGAACGUGAACACGAUGUCGAAGAUCGGUCAUCAACCGAUCGGCUCGAAUUUAAAGAUACCGAACGGGUUCGAAAUCUCGCAGCAGAUCAAGCCAGCCGCCGAUUACACGGGUUUGGGUAAUCAAGUGUUGUCCAAUCUCCUGGGAGGAUCAUCCUCCGACGAUCAACAAUCGAAGAGUUACCGCUGUUCCUAUUGCAAUUUCACAACCACCGUGUUACCGUUCCUCUUCCUUCACGAGAGAUCUCACGCGAGCGGCCGCGACAACACGGAGGGGGAGAAAUCCUCGCUUCAAUGUCCGAUCUGUUCCCAACCGUUUCAUCAGCCGGAGUCGUUGCAUCAACAUCUACUCGCGUCCCACCAAUUCCCUGCGUUGUUCCCGCAUUUUCAACCCCCCCUGUUUAAUAAUUUAAAUCUCGCGGAGAACGCGGAGAAAUCGAUGAACGAGAGCAAAGAGAGAUUCGAUUUGGAGGGGAAGGAGGAGCAGGGGAACAGCCCGCAAGUGGUGGUGAAUCAAAACAUUCCCGAUCCGACGAGGAACAAACGGCAGGACGAAACGGCGGUCCAGGUCACUCCUCAGGGUGUGUACAAGUGCGCGCAGUGCGGAUACGCGACCACCAAUUUGAACAGGAUAAAGAGGCACGUGAGGAAGGAUCACAAAACGAUCGGCGACCCGACGGACAGCGUGCUAGCCGAGCUUAGCAGAACUUUGAAGGACGUUGCGAACAGGCACAAGGUGCCGGCUUGUUACGCGAUGCCCCAGGACAUGAACUCGAAUCCCGAGAAGACGAUCAUGCAACCGUUUCUGAUCGAGGAGCGGGACACGAUGCAGGCAGGCGAGGAGUCAAGCUCGGAGAAACGAUUCGCGCCGGCUUUGGUCUAUUUGCCCGUUAAAUCGCGAAUUAACAACGCGCUCACCGCAUCCUUCACCCUAAGCCCAGCUUGAAACUCUUCCUUCUUCCUUAUUCACGUUUACAAUCUUCGAUAUUGCCAUUCGUUUCUAAGUCUGCGAUUUGAGCACGUGUUAUCAGUUCCUAUGUAAAAUGUAAGGAAAUAGUUAGGGAAAGUUUAUAUAUUUUUCAUAUACGUGGCUCGUCCAAGGUUCCAUUUUAAUAUAUGUAUAUAUAUAUAUAUAUAUAUAUAUGUAAACAAUUCGAAUAGUUCCUGGAUAUUUGUCAAACGA